AUGAAAGCCGACAAUUCUGACUUCUUUUUUGCCAUAGAUUUGGAUGAUGAUGGUCGAUUGAGGAAUGUAUUCUGGGCUAAUGCAAGGAGUAAGGCAGUUUGUAAGGAGUUUGGUGAUGUUGUGACAUUUGACACAAUAUACUUCGUAAACAAGUAUGAUAUGCCUUUUGCUCCAUUUGUAGGCGUCAAUCAUCAUGGUCAGUUGAUAUUAUUGGGAUGUGGACUCGUAUCUCAUGAAGACACCAAGUCAUUUUCGUGGUUAUUUAAGACUUGGAUGACAUGCAUGUGGGGUUGUGCUCCCAAAGCGAUUUUUACCGAUCAAUGUAUGACCAUGACGAAUGCUAUAGAAGACGUAUUUCCUAACACCCGACACCGGUGGUGCAUAUGGCACAUCUUGAAAAAGGUGCCAGAAAAAUUGGGAAAGUACGAUGCAUAUAAAUCAAUUUCACCUUGUUUGCAAAGUGUGGUUUAUGAUUCACUUACAAAAGAUGAAUUUGAGGAUGCUUGGGAGAUGUUCAUCAAAAAGUACGAACUUCAAGAUAAUGAAUGGUUACAUGGGUUGUACUUAGAGAAGAACCGAUGGGUGCCGGCUUUUGUGAAAGAUGUAUUUUGGGCGGGAAUGUCAUCCACACAGAGAAGUGAGAGUAUGAAUUCUUAUUUUGACAGAAACUUAUACAUUGAACAUGAUAAGGAUUCCAAACAAGUAACCAAUUUGAGAAAAGAAUUUCCUAGUAGAGAAGAUAUAAAUGAUUUCUACAUUAUCAGUACAGUGCACAUGCUUUUUUUUUCCUCUUCCAGAAGUACCUCUAGUCCAUUCACAAAAAGGAUUUUGAAACGUGACAGUUCAAUUUCUCUGAUGCAUAAAUCUUUGACUGUUGAUGAUGGACAUAGGAAACAGAAAUCUUAUCGGCCCAGGAGUUGGUGGUGGUCGUUGACGUGGAGGGUGAGGCUGGUGGGAGUUGCCGAUGGGGGUGAGGCUUGUGGGAAUCGCCGGUGGUGA